CUGCAUGAGAGGGGAACUGUUAUCGUAAUGCCUGAGCCGGCCAAGUCCGCCCCCGCGCCCAAGAAGGGCUCCAAGAAGGCGGUGACCAAGACGCAGAAGAAGGGCGACAAGAAGCGCAAGAAGAGCCGCAAGGAGAGCUACUCGAUCUACGUGUACAAGGUGCUGAAGCAGGUGCACCCCGACACGGGCAUCUCGUCCAAGGCCAUGGGCAUCAUGAACUCCUUCGUCAACGACAUCUUCGAGCGCAUCGCCGGCGAGGCCUCGCGCCUGGCGCACUACAACAAGCGCUCCACCAUCACGUCGCGGGAGAUCCAGACGGCCGUGCGGCUCCUGCUGCCCGGCGAGCUGGCCAAGCACGCCGUCUCCGAGGGCACCAAGGCCGUCACCAAGUACACCAGCUCCAAGUAGAGCGUCUCGGACUGUCAGUUUUAACCCAAAGGCUCUUUUAAGAGCCACCCACAAAGUCUCUGAAAGGGCUUUAAUGCAAUAGUGUCUGUAUUGUGUGGUGUGAAAGUCUAUUUAAAGGACAGUGUAUAGUAUUUGUAAUGAGCUACUAAAUCGGUUAUCAGAGGUUGCAAAAUGUUCUGUUUGAAAUGUUUGAAUAUUUUGCACGUGCAAGUUCAAAUGUAUUACCUAUUUAUUACUUUGUAAACCAAUGUUCAAAUAAUUUUCCAAUAAAUGUAAACAGUAUCGUUAGACUUUUUUUUUUUUUUUCAGUAAAGAUGCAAGAUGGAGAACAUUAUACGACGUGUUCCAUAGUAACUAAGAAAUUCACAUAUAUUCUAAUAGCUAAUACCCGCCCUCAAAAAAGGGCAUGUGGGGAAAGUAUACAUCCCUGAUGACUUUUUCUAUUGUGGAUAGCUGUACCGGGAUAGUUUAAGCUUAAAAAUAUACGUGGCAGUCAGAAAGCAGCCUUGUAGAUCGGAAGGCAAGGGACAAGAAGACCAGGAAAA